AUAAAAUACUUGUAUUAAUGGUAUUAACCAAUUAAUUAGAAUCAAUUAGAAUAAUAAAAACCUUUUUUAUUCUUGUUAAUAAUAGCAAUUGCGUGUUUUAUAUAUAAUUUGAAAUUCAUAUUCGAUAAAUACCAAAACAUCAUAUUUUACAGUUUUAUCAGAAUUAUCAUCCGUUAAACAAGUUUCGUUCAUUUUCACCAGCAUCCAGCUUCAAGCCUUCAAGACUGAUUUUUUUAUAUAUAAGUGUAGUUUAAGAAUAUUUCACGAUGUCAAAACGUAAGAGAAAAACAGAGAGUAAGAAGAAUGCUGAAGGUGAAACGAUCACAGAGGAAUUUUCUGUUGAGAAGAUUCUAGAAAAGAGAAUAAGGAAUGGAAAAGUUGAAUAUCUGUUAAAAUGGAAAGGAUAUUCAGAUGAGGACAAUACUUGGGAGCCAGAGGAAAAUUUAGAUUGCCCUGAUUUAAUUUCGGCAUAUGAAGAGAAGGUACAGAAAAAUGAUGCAAAUGAUUCUGCAACAGAAACUGAAAAAAAUUCAAAGCAAAAAAAUAUUAUUGAAGACAAUAGACCUCGUGGUUUUGAUCGUGGCCUAGAGCCAGAUACUAUUAUUGGUGCAACAGAUGCAAGUGGUGAACUUAUGUUUUUAAUGAAAUGGAAGGGCUGUGAAGAAGCUGAUCUUGUACCUGCCAGACAAGUUAACAUCAAAUGUCCUGAAAUUGUUAUUAGUUAUUAUGAGAAAAAGAUCCCUUGGUACUGCCAUAAACCACCUUCUCCACCUGUUGUUGCUGAAAUUGAAAUAUUGGAUUGAUUGCUAAAUUUAGGAUAUUUUUUUAUUGUAUCCUUUUAUUAGAUAUUUCAUUGAAAAAAUUGAUAUGAAUAAAUUGUCAAUAUAUAUUUUGAAUAGACUAAAAUAAACUGAAAAGUAUCCAUA